AUCUCUCUUCUCUCAUCAUCCACAGCACUUUAAUACAAAUUUUCUUUUCUCUUCAGCAGCUCUCUCUUCGUUAAUUCUCUCAAAAAAAAAAAAAAAAACAUGGAAACUCCCAGGCAACCCACCCACCCGGCAGCACAAAAUGGCUCGCUGCCACACUCGCCGUGGCACUCUCCAGUGCCGUACUUGUUCGGCGGCUUGGCCGCCAUGCUGGGUUUGAUCGCUUUCGCUCUCUUGAUUCUUGCCUGCUCAUACUGGAAGCUCUCCGGGUAUUUAGAGAGCGGCGAAAAUGACAACCAAGAACGUGAUUUGGAGGCUGGAGAGGGGAAAAAUGACGGUGAAAAUCAGAAACCACCUCAGGUUUUUGAAGAGAAGAUAUUGGUGAUCAUGGCCGGAGAAUUGAAGCCAACUUUCUUGGCCACGCCAAUGUCCAGUCGGUCCUCUUCUUUUGAUGAUGACAAUAACAAAACUUGCUCUUGCAGCAGUGAAAAGAAUGAAAAACUGUAGAAGAAGGAAGAUGUGACGCUUCAGAGCGGUGGUGCUGGUGAUGAUGGUGAUCAGGUACAAAGAAGGAACACGAAUUCACAUGAGUCCUCAGAUCAGAACCAUUGAUUGUUAAUCAUUUUUUUCUUUUUUUUGGUGGGGCUUUUGCGUGUGGCCUUUUUCAUUCGGGAAAUGUAAAUUUUUUUGAGAUUGUAAUGGAAGAUAAAAGCUUAUGGUUUUGGCAAA